CACAGGAAGUCAGAACAGCCUCUCUACAUAAAGCUCUGUUUCAGAGACUGUGACUGUCAUUAGUGUGGAAAGCAGGAAGGAGAAAGACAGAGAAUGACGACUCAGUUCAAAUGGAUUAAAUUCUUUUCGUCAGUUUUGCUAAUGCUUCAAGUAACAGCAGCAGCAGUUGAACACUCUGAAUUUAUUAUCAGGGAUGGAGGUGAGGUCACUUUGUCAUGUGAAAAUUUGAAAGAUGAUCAAGAUAAAUGUAAAGGAACUGUCUGGAUCUUCAGUAACUCAAACACAGCAGCAACACUAACACUGUUUGAACACGGGAAGAUUCACCAAGAGGCCAAAAAUAAAUCAGACAGACUGAGUGUUACAGCAAACUGUUCUCUGGUUAUAAAGAAGCUCACAGCUGAGGAUGCUGGUUGGUACACCUGCAGACAGUUUAGAGGUAAUCCAGGGAUACAGCAAGGUCCAGAUGCUGUGGUUUAUCUGUCUGUUGUUAGCAUAACUGAAUAUAAGGAUGACAACACAGUGACAUUAAAGUGCUCUGUGUCCACAUAUAAAGAAUGCAAAUACACUGUGAAGUGGCUCUAUGGUAACAAAGACCUGAAGAUGUCACAGUCUACCUGCUCAGCCAGUGUGAUCUUUACAACAUCUGAUUAUAUUUACACAUCCACAAAUUCUGAGAUGUUGAAGUGCCAAGUGACACAUGGUGGAAACGUGCAGGAGUUUAUCUUCAGGAUUCAAUCUUCUAAUCAGGAAACAGGCUGGUGCUGGUGGAGGUUCAUCAUUGUGGCUGUGGGUUUAGCAGCACUCAUAACAGCUGCUGUGGUUGUCCACAUUUGGACAAGAGAGGCAGGAAUAAAAGUGCAGCUGUAUGAAAAUGUGGUAUGUAAUGAUGAAUGACGAAGAUUUUGACAGUGAACAAUGGAAGUAGAAGAUCUCCUGAUGGACACUGACUGAUCCUGCUGCGUCUGUCAGACUUCAGUAAUGUGAUGGAAAAUGUUAAGAGUCUGUGCUUCUCUUUGUUAUACUGGCCUAGCUGAAAUGAAGGAUGCAUCACAGCGUGUUUGUCUCCAUAUAAUUUUGUAAUACAAGAUAUACUCAGCUGCAUGUAAUGUUCUGAUUGUAUUCUGUGACCGUGGCAGGUAUAUAAGGUGUUUCUAUAAAUGGUUCUAUUCUUGUUUUUAUUCUUAAUCUAAAGAAAUACAGACUGCUGCUGUACUCUGUGUUGUUGUUUGUUGUCUUUGCAAAGGCAAAUUAA